UUGGUACUCCUGGUGAUCAGCUGGAGUCGCCCCGCGCCGUCAGUUGUCAGUUGUCAAUUGCCCGCAAGCCGCCCGCUCAGAAAGACACAGCGCGCAUUAGUAGUUAUGCGUCUGUGGCGCCGAUACACCAGGUUAUCCGAUAGCGCAGACGACUUCAGGGCUCCCUCUUGAUUGCCCACAACCCCUAAAGGACAAGAAUGUCUUCCAACGCGAUUUUCCGACAAUAUCUGGCAGCAUGUUUAGCAUGCCUCUCUAUGAUGCUGUGCGGAGCCAGUUACGGUUGGACGUCCCCGGUGCUGCCGCGCCUCCUCAAGUCCGGCGAGAUCAACAUGACAGACGAUCAAAGUUCAUGGGUCGCUGCGUUCAUAGAGGUUGGUAACCUCAUUUCACCACUACCCUUCGGUAGCAUCAUAGACGUAUGGGGUCGGAAGCCCUGUAUUUUGCUGACCGGACCUCUUUAUAUCAUCAGUUGGGUGGUUGUGCUAACUACACGCUCCGUCAUGUGGUUGUACGUUGAGCGAAUCAUACAGGGGUUCGCAGUCGGCAUCAUGUGCACGGCAGUAGUACCAGUCUACGUGGGGGAGAUCGCUCAACCCAGCGUCAGAGGCAGUUCUAGUACUAUGAACCAGGGCAUGUUGUACGCCGGCAUUCUUUACACCUAUUGCCUUGGUCCUUACAUGUCUUACCAAGCGUUCGCUUACGCAAACCUAGCGGUUGCAGUGGUCUUCUGCGUGACUUUCUGUUGGAUGCCAGAGUCCCCGUACUUCCUGCUAAUGAAGAACCGCGAGAAGGAAGCGGCCGAGUCUCUGCAGUGGCUAUACGGGGAGAACAGUGUCUCCGACAUCCAGGAGGAACUAAAAAUAGUCAAAGAGUCAGUUGAGGAAGAUAUGAGAUCUAAAGGAACUUGGUGGGAUCUUCUCAAGACAUCUGGAGACAGAAAAGCUUUGCUGAUACUGCAGGCGGCACUUGUUGUGAAAUAUAUGAGCGGGUACCUCGGUAUAGUGUCUUACGCCACGAAGACCUUCACAGCCAAGGGCGACUCGAUGCUGAACGGAGACGAAUGGGCGAUCCUGAUGGGUUUCAUUCUCUUCUUACCCAUGUUCAUUGGAGCAGCCCUAGUAGAAAAGUGUGGUAGAAGACCUCUUCUGAUUAUAUCUUCAGUCGGAUGUGCUGUCUGCGAUCUCUUAGCUGUUGUUUACUACUAUAUAGAGGCAGAAACUGACGUCUACAUCAGCAAGUACUCAUGGAUCGCCUUCUUCUGCAUAGCUGGAUAUUGUAUCCUCUUCAGCAUCGGAUUAGGUCCCCUCGUAUGCGUCUUGAAGGCUGAGUUCUUUCCGUCCAACACGAGAGGGAAAGCGUCUGCCAUCUCGAACCUAACGGAGACUGUCGCAUGUUUCAUCUGCAUCAAACUCUACCAAGUCCUUUCUGAUGGAGUUGGAAUGUACAUGAACUUUGCUAUGUUUGCCUUAUUCUGCCUAAUGGGCAGCGUGCUCAUCUACUUAUAUGUACCAGAGACCACUGGUAUGACCUUUUCCGAAAUCCAGAGACAGUUCCAUAAAGUCAAGCAAUCCGACAAUUUCCAAGAAAAGAAGAGCCCUGAAAAUGGAGCUUGCGGAGCAGUAUAAAAUUGUUAGAUGACUUAAAAUCCAGUAUUUUAUUUCUUAGAACUCAGGAAAUUGUUUUGAUCUGAAUUUGCUCAAAGUUUCGAACGGACUUUGCGUUACGGAUCUGAACUGAAAGUGUUCUAAGAACUUCUGUCGUUAAUUAGAUUGUUAUCUGAUUUUAGCUUAGUAUGUUGAUUAAAAAAUAUCUAUCUUGUAUGUAUCAAAAGUAUUUUAAAAUUUUAUAUUUACCAGUGAUGUAACAUUAGCAUUAUUUUUAGAUUAAUAUUAAGGUACCGCUUAUACUUUAUGUGAUUCGGACUUAAAAUAAUUUGUAAUUUUAAUAUUAAUAAUUCAUCUAAAAACUGUGUAUUGGAAUCCCACUAGGAGAUCAAUAAGAGUCUGUUUUGCCUAUACUGCUUGAUUUCCCAAAAAAUUAAACAAAUUACAAUAUUCUAAAAUCUUACAACAAAAGUUUUACGAGUUUAAUGGUUUCCUAGCUAUUUUAGUUUAGUCAUGAGAUAGUCAUUAUAUGGUAGUAGUACUGUAUAAUGUUGUGAUAACCUGUGAUUGAUUAAGUAAUAGACCUGAGUAUAAGUUUAAGUUAUGACUGAUGUUUCACAGAAAUCCGAGCAAGAGUUUUAGUUUUUUUUAUUUUUUGUUUUUUUUGAACGUGUAAAUUAUUGUAUGCGUUUGGAAUGUUGAACAUAAUACGAAAAUAAGAUGUUUAAAACAUCUAAUUGUAGACCAAAUAAUGUACAAAUCAGCACAUCUAAAUUUACCUAUAAAAGUAUCAACUUCUCAUAAAAAUAGUCAAAACAAACAUCGUGUGAUUGUAAAUAACUUCUUUUUCAUAAGUUUUAUUGAUGUUAUAAAUCCUUCAUUUUUUAAGACUGAGAGUUGUAUGUGCUGGAAACAAGAAAGGUGCACAUAUGUUAAUUUCAUUAUUGUUAACUCUGAUUUUAGUUAGAUGUAAGUGUAUAUCCUUAUGAUACCCACACAACUAUGACAUUAGUUCAGUGCAAUCACCGUGUACAUAAACCAUUUUACUGCUUGAGUUGAAUGCUCUGCCCCCCCCCCCACACAGCUCCAGCAUAUCGACAUUCAAUGGCUACAAUUUCUUCUAGAUAUACAUAUACAGUCGAACUUGGAUAAUCAGAACUUUUUUAAUUCUAAAUAUUAGAUAAUUCAAAUUUUUCUACUGCUGUUUUGACAUUCCUAUGCAAUAGUAAUAAAAUAUAUUUUAACAUAUAGGGUUAUUAUAAUUUUUUGGUCAAUAGAAUUUUAAUUUUCCGAGUUUUCACUGGACAUAUCUAGAGCUAUGGUGGUCAUUGGAUUUCGAAUUGCCGGGGUUGUACGGGGAGGAGAGCAUUUAACUGUGCAAGUACUAUGCUGGAAGGUGGUUCAUUCUCUUUAGAUAAAUUGGUAAUACCUAUCAAAACUGGCUUCCAAAAUAUUUUGGAAAAAUAUUAUUUCUUGCUAUUUGGAAUGUAAUACGGGAUCGAAAAUUUCAAUACGACAUGUUGACUUUUCUUAAAGUCUGAAUAAGCACUUUAGUCUUCAUUGAUCCUUUUUUUAUAUCACAAACUACUCAAGGAUACCGAGUUGCUAAGUAUAAUCCAUAAUGAAUCCCCAAUCAGUUAAGUGAAACCACGAAGAUUCUUAAAUUAAUUUAUUUCAGAUAACAAUUUAAAAUUCAAAGGCCUAUAGUAACGAGUGAUUUGUCCUCCAUUGGGUGGAAACCUUUCUGGCACAAUAUCCUCAUUGUGGAACCAAUGUUGACAAGUAUUACCAGUUUACAAAAAAAAGAGGAAAGCGAAGUAACAUUGUGCUACUGUCCAAUGAGUGAUGAGGACGGGAUUGAACAUAUCCUUUUGGCUAAAAUGUGCUCUUCAUGUAAACAUAGCCAUGACUCUAGAUGUCCUGCACAAUCUAUAAUUACUAAAAAUAAUUCAGCAUUGUAUUUAAAAACAGGUGGAUAUAAAGCAAGGUGCUAUUAGAUUGUAAGAACCAAUUUCAUGAACUUCUUUCAAUAAAAGAUCUACUUAAACAUC